AUGUUCCUGCAAUCGAUUACUAUCAUCGGCGUUCUAUUUGGCUGUCUUGAAGCUAAGCCAGUUAUAUAUCGAAAUGUUUCUGAUUGUAGCAUCACUGUUGACGAGAUCCUUCACUAUCAAGGUAAACAUUCAUUUUCAAAAUUUGAACAUGAAUGCUUGGCAUGGACUGAUUUGCAAACAAUCUAUCCCGACGUUAUCAAUGAGCCGAACUUUUUUAAUGAUGCAUCAGUAAAAGCAGCCAAAAACUAUUGCCGUAAUCCAAAUAUGAAUGUCAAUGGACCAUGGUGUUACAUUCAAGAUGGAGAUGAAAUUAUUGCUGAAGAAUGCGCAGUCUGUCAAAGUCUUGCAUCUCGACCAACAUUUCCGACAAAUGUUGAAAUUUCUGAUGAUAUGUUCGACAUGCCUGUUCGUACUAAUUUCUUCCAGCACGUUCGUGAUGAAUUACAACGCUAUGGAAUCUUCGUUCGCGACAAAGUUCUUGAAAUAAUCAAUCGUAUGCACGAAAAAAUGCGUAAUUUUCGCGCUCGAGUCUCCGAUCAUUUCAACUAUUAA